CCGCUUUCAGAGUGGGUGUCAUGGCUGCCGGUGUUGAGUUGGCAGGAGUUGCCCACUGAACUGGGGAGUCAUUAAAAGAAGAAGGGGUCCUCCCGGACAGUGGGAAAUCGUGGAAAUGAGCAGACGCCCCGCGGGGCUGACUGUGUCACUGGUGGCGGGCCGUGGUAAAGUCCCAGGCCAGGCCUUGGCGUUUCUGGGCAGAGCCGGGCAGGUGGCGGGUGCUUCUGAGGCCGGUGUUGCCUAGGAACCCCUCCUUGUAUUAUCGAAUCCUGGAGUGUCUUGAUUUGGCCGCCAAGGCAGUGGUUCAGGGACACUUGGCGGGAUCGUCCGACGACGCUGGACGCUUUUCUUGGAGUGGACCACGACGUUUUCUGACCCGCAGCGAUGUCGUCCUGGUUUGGUGGCCUUGGCUCCGGCUUGGGCCAGUCGCUAGGUCAAGUGGGGGGCAGCCUGGCUUCCCUCACAGGCCAAAUUUCAAACUUUACAAAGGAUAUGCUGUUGGAAGGCACGGAGGAAGUGGAAGCAGAAUUACCUAACUCUAGGAGAGAGGAAAUUGAAGCCAUUCAUUCAGUCUUAAGAUCAGAGAAUGAAAGACUUAAAAAACUUUGUAUAGAUCUAGAAGAGAAGCAUGAAGCAUCAGAGCUUCAAAUAAAGCAGCAAUCUACAAGUUACCGAAAUCAAUUACAACAGAAAGAGGUAGAGAUCAGCCAUCUUAAAGCACGGCAGAUUGCGCUACAGGAUCAGCUGGUGAAGCUGCAGUCAGCUGCUCAGUCAGUACAUUCAGGAGCUGAAGGUGUACCAGCAACCACUGCAUCAUCUUCAUUCGGUUAUGGUGUCAGUCAUCAUGCCUCAGCUUUCCACAGUGAUGACAUGGACUUUGGUGACAUUAUUUGGUCACAACAAGAAAUAAACAGAUUGUCAAAUGAAGUUUCAAGACUUGAAUCUGAAGUUGGCCAUUGGAGACAUAUUGCUCAGACAUCUAAAGCACAAGGAACAAAUAACUCAGAUCAAAGUGAAAUCUGCAAACUGCAAAAUACUAUCAAGGAGCUUAAACAGAAUCUGAAUCAAGAAAUUGAUGACCAUCAGCAUCAAAUGUCAGUAUUACAGAAUGCGCAUCAACAGAAAUUGACAGAAAUAAGUCGUCGGCAUCGAGAAGAAUUAAGUGACUAUGAAGAACGAAUUGAAGAACUUGAAAAUCUGUUACAGCAAGGUGGUGUAACUGGAAUUGGAGUAGCUGAUCACUCUAAAAUUCAUGAGAUGCAAAAAACUAUUCAAGCUUUACAAACUGAAAAAGUAGAGUCUGCAAAAAAACUUGAAGAAGUAGAGGACAGAUUGAAAGACAUAAAUAAAAAAUUAACUUCCGUAGAAAAUGAAAGAGAUGUUUUGAAGAGAGAACAAGAACUGUUAAAUGUGGAAAAGACACAGAUAAUUGAGGAAUGUGAAAGAUUGAAACUGGAAUGUAGUAAACUGCAGCCAUAUGUUAUGAAGCAAAGUGAUACUGUGACCGAGAAGGACAGCCUUCUUCCACAGAGGACACCAGCGGAAGAAGUGUUUGGGCUACAACCAGUGACUGAUGCUGGAAAUGAAAUAAUGAGACUGGGUAGUUUAAACCAGGAUGACAGUCUCAUUGAAGACAAUCUGAAACUUAAAGAGCAUAUCCAAGAUUUAGAAAAAGAGAAAUCAUUACUGUUUCAAGAAAAGGAAGAACUUCAAAUAUCACUUUUAAAAUUGAACAAUGAAUUUGAAGUAAUUAAAAAUACAGCUACAAAAGACAUGAAUUUGGAUUCAGAAUUACAAGAUUUGAGACUUUCUUUGGAGGCAAAGGAGCAACAACUUAGUCAGAGUAUUACUGAAAAGGAUAUCCUGGUAACCGAGUUAGAAGAAUUGGACAGACAGAACCAAGAAGCUACCAAGCACAUGAUUUUGAUGAAAGAUCAACUGUCAAAACAGCAAAAUGAAGGAGAGAGCAUCAUCAGGAAACUAAAACAAGAUCUGGAUGACGAAAAAAAGAGAAUUUGUCAACUUGAAGAUGAGAAAAUGAACAUUACCAAAGAAUUAGGUGUACAAAAUGAAAAACUAAUUCAAAGUCAAUUGGUCCUUAAUAAUUUGCAUUCAACCAAGCAGAAGCUUGAGGAUAAAGUAGGAGAUUUGGGAGAUGAGCUAAAUAAAUUACAAAGCAAUAAUUUAAAUAUUCAGAAAGAGAAUGUUGAGCUUAAGGAAUUUAUUAGAAAAAAUGAAGAUGAACUUUCUAGAGUUAGGAAUGAAUUAACUCAAUCUCUUAAGCAAGACUCUGAUAGUAAUUUUAAGGACAAUUUACUUAAAGAAAGGGAAGCUGAAGUUAGAAACUUAAAGCAAAAUCUUUCAGAAAUGGAACAGCACAAUGAAAAUUUAAAGAAACUUGCUUUUGAUCUCAAAAUGGAAAAUGAAAAGUUGGUUUUAGAAUGUGAAGAUAUAAGACAUCAGUUAGAAGAAUCUGUUGCUGGUUCCAAUCAGAUUUCACUGGAGAAAAAUGCCAUUGUGGAGGCUCUAAGAAUGGAAAAAGGACAGUUAGAAGUGGAAUUGUGUCAGGUCAAAAAGAGGCUGUUAGAAGAAGCAAACAAAUAUGAGCAAACCAUUGGAGAACUCUCAAAUGCACGUAACCUGAAUGGCUCCACCUUACAGCUGGAAAAUGAGAAUUUAAUUAAACUCAGUCAUGAGAAAGACUUUGAAAUAUCAAAACUCAAAAAGACUAUUGAGCAGUUAGAUGCUGAUCAUAAAGAAACCAAGGAAAUUUUGUUAUCUAGUUUAGAAGAGCAGAAGCAAUUAGCCCAACUUAUAAAUGAGAAAGAAAUUUUUAUUGAAAAACUUAAAGGGCAAAGUUCAGAGCUUCAGGAGAAAUUAGAUAUAAAUACUCAAUCCUUAAGGAGAAAUGAAAAUGUACAGCAAACCAUAGAGGAUAAAGACAGAAUGCUUGCAUCCAUGAAAGAAGAAAACAAUCAUCUGAAAGAAGAACUGGAACGGCUGAGGGAACAGCAGAGUCGAACUACAACUAUGGCUGAGCCCAAAACUCUAGAUAUUAUCAUGGAACUGGAAUCUGAGAUAUCUCAACUGAAUAUAAUAAAGAGUACUCUUGAGGAGGAAAUAAAACAUCAUCAAAAGAUAAUUGAAGAUCAGAACCAGAGUAAGAUGCAACUAUUUCAGUCUUUACAGGAGCAGAAAAAGGAAAUGGAUGAGUUUAAAUACCAGCAUGAGCAAAUGAAUGCUACACACACCCAGCUCUUUUUAGAGAAAGAUGAGGAAAUUAGGAAUUUGCAAAAAACAAUUGAGCAAAUCAGAACCCAGUUGCAUGAAGAAAGACAGGACAUUCAAACAGAGAAUUCUGAUAUUUUUGCAGAAACAAAAGUUCAGAGCCUUAAUAUAGAAAAUGGAAGUGAGAAGCAUGAUUUAUCUAAAGCUGAAACUGAAAGAUUAGUAAAAGGGAUAAAAGAACGAGAAUUGGAGAUUAAACUUCUAAAUGAAAAGAAUAUAUCUUUAACAAAACAGAUUGAUCAGCUGUCCAAAGAUGAGGUUGGUAAACUAACUCAGAUCAUCCAGCAGAAAGAUUUGGAGAUAAAAGCUCUUCACGCAAGAAUGUCUUCAGCUUCUUACACCCAGGAUGUUGUUUACCUUCAACAACAACUACAGUCCUAUGCCUUGGAAAGAGAACAAGUAUUAGCUGUUUUGAAUGAGAAGACUAGGGAAAAUAGCCACCUAAAAUCGGAAUAUCACAAACUGAUGGAUAUAGUUGCUGCCAAAGAAGCAGCUCUUAUUAAGCUGCAAGAUGAAAAUAAAAAAUUGUCCACUAGAUUUGAAAGUACCGGCCAGGAUAUGUUUAGAGAAACUGUUCAGAAUUUAUCACGUAUCAUUCGAGAAAAAGACAUUGAAAUAGAUGCAUUAAGUCAGAAAUGUCAGACUUUGUUGACUGUUUUACAGACAUCCAACACAGGUAAUGAGGUUGGAAGUGUUAAUAGUAAUCAGUUUGAGGAGCUUCUACAAGAACGUGAUAAAUUAAAACAGCAAGUAAAGAAAAUGGAAGAGUGGAAACAACAGGUGAUGACCACAGUACAAAAUAUGCAACAUGAGUCAGCCCAACUACAGGAAGAACUUCAUCAACUUCAGGCCCAGGUUUUAGUUGACAGCGAUAGUAAUUCCAAAUUACAGGUAGACUAUACUGGCCUAAUCCAAAGCUAUGAGCAGAAUGAAACCAAACUCAAAAAUUUUGGUCAGGAAUUAGCACAAGUUCAGCACAGCAUAGGGCAACUUUGUAAUACCAAGGAUCUUCUUUUAGGAAAACUUGAUAUUAUUUCACCACAGGUCCCCUCUGAACCAUCAGUUGUUUCACAGUCAGCAGAAUCUCUUAGGGCAGUUGAGUCUGACAUACCUAGUGAGUCUUCUAAAUUGCUUCAACAAGAGAUAGAAGAGUUAAGAAAAUCACUGCAGGAAAAAGAUGCAGCAAUUAGAACUCUCCAGGAAAAUAACCAUAGAUUGUCUGAUUCGAUUGCUGCCACUUCAGAGCUAGAAAGGAAAGAACAUGAACAAACUGAUUCAGAAAUUAAGCAGAUGAAGGAAAAACAAGAUGUUUUACAAAAGUCACUUAAGGAAAAAGACCUCUUAAUCAAAGCCAAAAGUGAUCAGUUCCUUUCUUUAAAUGAAAAUCUCACUAACAAAGUGAAUGAAAAUGAACUUUUGAGGCAGGCAGUAACAAACUUAAAGGAGAGAACAUUAAUUUUAGAAAUGGACAUUUGUAAACUAAAAGAGGAAAAUGAAAAAAUAGUAGAAAUAUCCAGGGGAAAGGAAACAGAAUGUCAAGCAUUGCAAGAGACUAAUACAAAGUUUUCUAUGAUGCUGCGAGAAAGGGAAUUUGAAUGCCAGGCACUGAAGGAGAAGGCUCUUGCUUUUGAGCAACUAUUGAAAGAAAAAGAGCAGGGCAAGACUGGGGAGUUAAAUCAACUUUUAAAUACAGUUAAAUCAAUGCAGGAGAAGACAGUUAUGUUUCAACAGGAAAGAGACCAAGUCAUGUUGUCCCUGAAACAGAAACAAAUGGAAAACAGUGCCCUACAGAAUGAGGUAAAACAUUUACGUGACAAAGAAUUACGCUCAAACCGGGAGCUACAGAGAUUGCGUAACCAUCUUUUAGAAUCAGAAGAUUCUUAUACUCGUGACGCUUUGGCUGCAGAAGAUAGAGAGGCUAACCUAAGAAACAAAGUCACCGUAUUGGAGGAGAAGCUAGUUUCAUCUUCUAAUGCAAUGGAAAAUGCAAGUCAUCAAGCCAGUUUGCAGGUAGAGUCAUUGCAGGAACAAUUGAAUGUAGUCUCCAAGCAGAGGGAUGAAGCGGCACUUCAGCUUUCUGUCUCACAAGAUCAAGUAAAGCAGUAUGCUCUGUCACUAACCAAUCUACAGAUGGUACUAGAGCAUUUCCAGCAAGAGGAAAAAGCUAUGUAUUCUGCUGAACUAGAAAAACAAAGUCAGCUUGUUGGUGAGUGGAAGAAGAAGGCUGAAAAUCUGGAAGGAAAACUAGUGUCAUUACAGGAGCGUUUGGAUGAAGCCAAUGCUGCUUUGGACUCAGCAUCGAGACUUACAGAACAGUUGGAUCUAAAGGAAGAGCAAAUUGAAGAACUUAAAAAACAAAAUGAGCUCCGACAGGAAAUGUUGGAUGAUGUUCAGAAGAAAUUGAUGAACUUGGUAAACAGCACAGAAGGAAAAGUGGACAAGAUCCUUAUGAGAAACCUCUUCAUUGGCUAUUUCCAUACACCAAAAACUAAGCGUCAAGAAGUGUUAAGAUUAAUGGGAAGCAUCCUGGGUAUCAAAAAGGAGGAAAUGGAGGAGUUGUUCCAUGAUGAUCAGGGUGGUGUUACGAGGUGGAUGAGUGGGUGGCUUGGAGGAGGAUCAAAAAGUGUCCCCAACACACCUCUGAGACCAAAUCAGCAAUCUCUGCUUAAUAGUUCUUUUUCAGAGCUUUUCAUUAAAUUUCUAGAAACAGAGUCUCAUCCAUCUAUUCCACCACCAAAGCUUUCAGUUCAUGGUAUGAAACCCCUUGAUUCACCAGGAAGGACAAAACUAGCCACAAAUGUACCACAAAGUUUUAAAGAUACAGCAGAGUCCAGAACCAGUAGAAGAGCAGAUGUGAAUCCAUUCUUAGCUCCCCGCUCCGCAGCUGUGCCGCUCAUUAACCCAGCUGGACUUGGAACUGGUGGGCCUGGGCAUCUUCUUUUUUUAAAACCUAUUUCUGAUGUGUUGCCCACAUUUACACCUUUGCCAGUGUUACCUGACAACAGUGCUGGAGCUGUGUUGAAAGACCCUUUUUUUUUAAAGCAAUAAAUGAUUCUCAAGCCAGAACACAAUAUAGCACUUUAAAAACAAAACCAAGAACACUACGUGUAUGUACUUUAUCACAAGUGGCCUUUCAGAAAAGUCAUGUAUUUGUUUUGUCGUUGUACUUUCUCUAAUUUAAUAAAAAUAUCCUUAAUGCUUUUAGAAAUUG